AUGGAAGAGAAGGAAGAGACUUGUGUUGCAUCAAUAGCUGUUGAAGAAGCGAAAGAUAUUUGCGUUGAAAAACAUGAAUCCAAUGAGAGAAAGAUAGAGGAAGUUUCUGCACUUAGCUUGGCUGAUGAAAAUCAUGUUGACUUAGAGAUGGAAGAAAAAGAAGUUGAUGUUGUCUCAGGUGAUGCAAACAUAGUAAAGCUUCCGUUUUUAGUGCUGGAAAAGGAAAAUGCAGCUUUUGUUACAAGCAGAGAUGAAACUCUUCCUCUGAUGGAUUCUUGUGUAUCUUCUGGUGGAGUGAAAGAAGAGACUGGGUCAGAUACAUUGGUGUUAAGGAAAAAGCUCCUUGAACUUGAUCUGAAUGGGUUGCUUGCAGCUAUAGUUUCUCCUCUUGCAGAUUGUAAAGCUGACAUUAAUAUUGGACGAAGGGCAAGUGAGUUUCAAGAUCUUUUGUUUUAUUGUCAAAUCGUGAGUCCACACUAA